UCCCGACGUCGCGUUGUGCGGAGCCAUUACCCUCGUCCGCGCUAAAGCAUCGUGCCAUAUUCCCACUCGCGCCCUGAAAUUGACCGUGUUCUCGUAGUUUUAAGUGAAAUAUUAUGAGAGUGAAGACCGAAAUGGACGACGACGAAAAGGGAAAAUUGUUCGUUGGUGGGUUAUCAUGGGAGACAACCCAAGAAAAUCUCCAACGUUACUUCGGUCGUUAUGGAGAGGUUAUCGAUUGCGUUGUUAUGAAAAACAGUGAAUCUGGACGUAGUCGUGGGUUUGGAUUUGUAACAUUUAGCGAUCCUGCUAAUGUUUCUUUGGUUCUUCAAAAUGGUCCUCAUCAACUUGACGGACGUACAAUUGAUCCAAAACCAUGUAAUCCACGCACUCUUCAAAAACCAAAGCGCAGUGGUGGUUUUCCGAAAGUCUUUCUUGGUGGCUUGCCAAGUAACGUUACGGAGACUGAUUUAAGAUCUUAUUUUACUCGCUUUGGUAAAGUCAUGGAAGUGGUCAUAAUGUAUGAUCAGGAGAAGAAAAAAUCAAGAGGAUUUGGCUUUCUCAGCUUUGAGGAUGAAGAAGCGGUGGACCGUUGUGUCGCAGAACAUUUUGUCAACCUGAAUGGAAAGCAGGUUGAGAUUAAAAGAGCUGAAUCAUCGAGCAAAAUGAAUGAUAGUCAUCAGGGUCAAUGGGGCCCACCUCAACAAGGUGGCCCGCCAAUGGGAAUGGCCGGAAAUAUGGGGCCUAUGGGUGGACCAAAUGGUCAGAUGGGUGGACCUAUGAUGGGUGGACCCAUGGGUCCGCCUGGUAAUAUGAUGCAACAAUAUCAGGGCUGGGGUACCAGUCCUCAAACUGGUGGAUAUGCGGGAUAUAGCACCCAGUACAAUGCUCAGGGUUGGGGCGCACCACCAGGACCGCCCCAGCAGCAGCAAAUCCCGCCGCCGCCACCGCAUCAAUGGGGUAGUAGCUAUAAUGUUCAACCUGCUGCAGCUACCCAAGGUUAUGGAAGUUAUGGUGGGCCGGCGGCGGCCGCUUCAGGGGGCUACGGGCCCACGGCGGGUACUGGCGGGGCUGCGGGAGGCGGGCCUGGGGGCUCUUGGAGCUCCUGGAACAUGCCACAGAAUGGGCCUCCUCCUGGGACCCAGCCCCCACCCCAGCCCCCUCAGCCUAACUCCUCGCAGCCCAACUCCAACUCGAACCCCUCUGGCCCGCAGGGUGACAUGUAUUCGCGGCAAAAUACUGGUUCAGGUGCACCAGGAUCUAGCAGCAGUUCAGCCAAGACUCCAGAUUAUACUGGAUAUUCUGCAUACAGUAAUUACGCUGAUACUUCUUAUCCUCAGCGUUCGUAUCAAGGAGGAGAAAAUAGUCAAGGCGCCAGAUAUGGAUCGAGCGUUCCUGCUGCGCCAGGAACUGACAACUACGGUGGUGGGCCCCAAAGGGGUUACACAGGAUCUACGUCGAACAGCAACAAUUAUCAUCCUUACCGUCGCUAAAGGGAAUAAGACAGAAACCGAUCUCGACUUCGGUUUGAGAUCCUUCCCCUUUUUUGUUGCUAAUGUACACAUUCGUAUGUAUA